CGCAGUUUUAAAAGUCAAGAAAACUGUAGAGAUGAGUUUGAACAGAUCUAAAUUAACCAAACCGGUGAUACAACAUUCCACCACACACACAAUCUUCACCUCCUGGUUUUUUGACUGUUUUCAAGGAACUCAUGUUAGGUGUGUUCUUUACUGCUCUUUUUCCUUUCCUUCUCUUAUAAUCUGACCCUCCCCUCUCUCCUUCAAUACCAAAUUACUCGAUUUAGCACUUUCAUAUUUCCUCAUUUCUUUCACUGGCUUUAUAAUUUUCAGCCCAUUGCGGAAAUUUCGGGGCUAUAGUGUUUUUUUAGGCACCCCUUAAAGAGAGAGAUCUGGGUAUCCCAAAAAUCUGAUUUUUAUAUUUAUUUUUGUAAAAAGAGAAAUAUUUGCUCACAUCUGGGUGUAAGGUGCUCACAACCUUAUCUGGGCAUCCAUGGUUUCUGGAGUUUGUUGAUAUAGAGCCCAAAGGGUGUUCAAGAUUGUUUUUUGUCUGUGAAACUUUGUUUCUUUUUUAUUUAUACUAUAAAUAGUAAGAAUGGUGGCAGGAAAUGGGUUGCUUUACCCGAUUCUUGGAUUUGCAUCAUGUGUGGCUUUCAUCUACAUGUCUUUUGGUGACUUGAGCGUUAGUUAUCAGAAAGAAACGGAGCUGGGUUUUGUGACAAGGAAUGGGAAUCAGUUUAUGGCAGAUGGUAAAGUGUUAUACGUUAAUGGAUGGAACUCUUAUUGGUUAAUGGACAAUGCUGUACAUGAUUAUAGCAGACCUAGGGUUGGCGCCAUGCUUGAAGCCGGGGCAAAGAUGGGUCUAACAGUUUGUAGAACAUGGGCCUUUAAUGAUGGAUCCUACAAUGCCCUUCAGAUUUCCCCUGGUCGGUUCGAUGAAAAAGUCUUCAAGGCACUGGAUCAUGUCAUUGCUGAAGCAAGAAAACAUGGAGUUAGGCUUCUUCUCAGCUUAGUUAAUAACUUGCAAGCCUAUGGUGGAAAGACUCAGUAUGUCAAGUGGGCAUGGCAAGAAGGAAUUGGUUUGAGCUCCUCUAAUGAUUCCUUCUUCUUUGAUCCGUCCAUCCGCAUCUAUUUCAGGCAUUACCUCAAGGCUGUGCUCACCAGGAAGAACACCAUAACGGGAAUUGAAUAUCGGAAUGAUCCAACCAUCUUUGGAUGGGAGUUGAUUAAUGAACCCCGUUGCAUGUCUGAUCCUUCAGGCGACACUCUGCAAGACUGGAUAGAUGAAAUGUCAGCAUACGUGAAAUCAAUUGACAAAAGACAUCUUGUGACUCUGGGCCUUGAAGGAUUCUAUGGUCCUAAAAACCCCAAGCGGUUAACUGUGAACCCAGAAGUGUGGGCAUCAGAGCUUGGAUCUGAUUUUAUCCGCAACUCUGAGAAGGCAAAUAUUGAUUUUGCAUCUGUUCACAUCUACGCAGAUCAUUGGUUUCAUGAUCAUAAAUUUGAAGACAAUAUGAAAUUUGUCUACAAGUGGAUGCUUUCUCACAUUGAAGAUGGUGACAAACUACUCAAUAAGCCUGUCUUGUUCACUGAGUUUGGAUUGUCGAACCUGAACAAGGACUUUGAACCAUCUCAGAGAGACAAGCUUUACAAAACGAUUUUCGAUGUCAUCUAUAAAUCUGCAAAGAGAAACAAGUCUGGAGCCGGCACUGUUAUCUGGCAAUUCUUUGUGGAAGGAAUGGAAGAGUAUAAUGAUGAUUUUGGGUUUGUUCCAUGGGAAAAACCAUCCCUUUACAAACUAAUAACCGAACAGUCUUGCAGAUUGGCCAGAGUGCAUGGACUGACACAAUACAAUGUAAACUUAAAAGUACUGUGUUCACAAAGACAGUGAGUGUUUAAUACCCUCUAUGAGAAAACAUAAUUGUAAUUGUUUGAAGAGAGGGAUCGGUUCUCUUUUGUGGUUUGAUCUGAUGCAUCAGGGGAGGGAUGAGGGCUUGGUGUUUCUGUACUAUAUUCUUCAAUUACAUACAAAUUAUUUAGUUAA